ACAGCUUUAUUCAAUUUUCAAUCGCUAUUACUAGUCAUUAUUCUGUUGAUAUGCACUUGUGCUUAUAUAAGGGCAACAUUCACUGGUUUGAUUGAUAAGAAUAAGACUGGUGUUUUAGGUACAUUCUACAAAUGCGCUAGAAUUGGCGAGAGACUAUCACCCUAUGUUGCAAUAUCUGCUAUCAUAAUGGCUAUUACUUUAUGUACAAUCUAA